CCUCGACUUGACAUCGCGACUACAAAAUAAGCGCCCAAACCACUAUCUUCAUCACAGCUUUCUUGUAGCCGACGGUCCAUUAGCUCUGCAUCGCCAAUCAGGGCUGUUUGCAAGAUAAAUCCACAUGCCAGACACGGGAGACGAAGCAGGCGACACGCCCAUGACGGAAACGCCUGCCGCCAACAACGCCGUGCAUGAAUCUGGUGGGCAUUUGCCAGAGGAAGCAUCAUACGCGCAACACAAUGACCAGGAAACUGAACAGCAGAGCGACCAAAGCCUGCAGGAACAGUCCCCACAAGAGUCAACCGAGAGACAGCGUCCCGCGCUGCUAGUAGAAACGCUUCUGUCGCAAGAUGGUCAGCAAUCGGAUCCGGGCGCUUCCACAACAUCGCCUCUGCCAGCGGAGUUCCCCAAGAAACGCCGUGGUCGGCCCCCAGGACGUCCAAACGCGACGGUGCGCGAGGCAGAUUAUGAGGGAAACCCUUUGGUGCAGGCUUGGAACGCGGCCAAGGGAGAGCGGGCCGUCCCCGUCGUGUCCAUCUGCAUCCGCGCCGCCCUAACGGAACAGUCGCUCGUCCACGAAACCCAGCGGGCCAUCUUCCGCCUUCCCAGCCGCGAGAUCAUUUACUUCGUGCAAGGCUGGAUAACGUCCAAGCACAUCGCUUCGCAGCGGCCGAGCUACGUGAACGGGCUACUGAUCCACUCGCGUGGGCAGGAUGCUCCCGUAUCGUGCGUCCAGUGCAACGAGAAGCGGGCCAAGCAUGCUCUGGGCCCCUUCGUCACCUGCCGAGUAUUGCCGGGGAGCUACCACAACAGCUGCUCGAACUGUAAGUGGUUUGAUAACACUUCCAGCUGCUCGCUGUACACGGGGCCCAAGCCGAACCGGAAACGCAAGGCAAAGGAACAGCUUCCACCGCCGCCAGCCGAUGGAGUCGGUCCGCCUCCCAACGACGGCGACACCCAUGGCAGUCCCGCCGGGGUGCCUUCUGCCCAAGGAAGCUACAGCUAUGUCCCAUCUGCUCAUUCACAACCCAACACCGACGCCAGCAGACCCGAGUUGGCUGAAGUUCCGAGCCAGCCCGACUCUCUGGCAGAGUCACAUUACGACUCAGACUACGUAGCCGCUCAACUUGCGGCUCAACUGCAAUAAUGAACGACUUCCGCGGCAGGAGGCGCCACGGUCUCCCCACUCUGGCAGAUACCGCAAGCCCUGUCAGACUCUUGAUCCCCAGCGGCUUUCUGCACCCUGUGCACCCACGGUUGAUGUACAUUUACCCUUCUAGCACCCUUACUUGUGGUCAUAUUGUUUGUAGUCUCGCGGUGACUCUGGCCGCGGCCAGCCUCGGCUGGUGUUGGAUUCUGGGAUCGGAAAGAAGCCACGGCCAUGACAACGACUUGGCCAUAAAAUCUUCUGUGCCUCAUUAAAUUUAAUAUACUUCAUUACGCUCC